AUGGAGUACAAAGAAUUGUAUAUUAAAGUCUAUUCUCAAUGUCCAUACAAAACGUUUAUCUCUCCUCUGGCUAAUAACAAGGUGAACCAGUGCUCGUUCUCUAAUGAUGGCAAGCUCCUAUUAACAGGGUCAGACGACUUCAACGCUUGUGUGUGGGAUGUUGGAAAGGAAAAACUUCUAUCUAAAGUAACAGGUCACACAGGCCCAGUGAAGGCGUGUGCAUUCUCUGCUGACUCUACUCUUUUUGCCACUGGGUCCUGUGAUUGUACUGUCAGAGUGUGGAGAACGAAAAUGAGAGAGUGUCUGCACAUUCUACAAGGACACAACAGGAGUGUGGAGGCUGUAUGCUUCAGCCGGGAUUCAACGUUACUCGUAUCUGGAAGUUGGGACCAUAAAGCUAUUCUGUGGGAUCCAAAGACAGGUCUCAUUGUGAGGUCUUUCUCUGGACAUCAGAAUGUCAUCAAAACCUGCGCCUUUUCAAUCAAUGGAGAACGUUUGGCCACUGGAUCCUGGGAUUAUACUGUAAAAGUGUGGAAUUUACGAAAACGUGUACAAAAAUUAACUUUGCUUGGUCACACAGGCAAUGUGAGCUGUGUAGCAUUUUCUGGAUUUGGAAUGCUGGCUUCAGGCUCCUGGGACAAGACUGUACGUGUGUGGGAUUCGAGGAACGGGCACCUGAUCUUUCUCCUGACGGAGCACACUGGCAAGGUGUCGGCUCUCUCAUUCUCUCUGGAUGCAAUUCUACUGGUGACAGCAGCAGGAGAUGAAACGGUGAAUGUGAAGGGAUUCAUUGAAAUUGGAAUCCUUGUCUUCCAUAGUCUGCGAGGUGACUCAUUCUCAUCCAUUCUCCUAGGUUCGUGUGUGGGAUUGUGA